AUGGGGGACUCUGCGAACACAAACGGCAAUCUGGAUCCCGGAGUGUCUAUUCGGAAUGGACCGGUGGGGAACGGUGAUGUUGAGAUGGAGGAUGCGCCUGAUGGAGCGAAUGCCCGCGGUGCAGGCAAGAGAAAGUUGCGGGCCAGCGCGGAAGGAAAAUCCUAUGCGGAGCCCGAGAGCAGCGAAGAAGAAGAUAAACCUUUGAGCAAGCGUCGUCGGACAUCUAGCAAAAAGCAAGCAGCGGAUUCAGACUCUGACGACGUUCCUUUGGCCCAACGGUCGAAUGGAACAAAACCCCCUAAGGCGUCGGAGACUGCCAUAGGCGACGAGUCCGAUUCGGAUGUCCCGAUUGAGCGAAAGCUUAGCAAGGAAAAGGCGAAGGUCGAAGAGAAAGCAGAGAAAGAGGCAAAGGCCACUCAGAAGGCGGAAGGUGGUGCAGCCACCAAGAAGACUACCGUCAAGAAAGAGAAGAGCGCAAAGUCCACUGCCAACGGUAGAAAGAAGCAAGCCAACGGCAUCAAAAAAGAGUCAAGCGAUGAAGAAACUCCCGUUAAAGCCGGCGCAAAGAAGACCUCCAAAUCCGUCAAGUCCGAACCGGCAACUCCUGCGAAGAAAGGGAAGGAUAAGGAAACACCUGUCAAGGAGGAAACCGAGGAACCAGAGGAUGGUGAGGAGGAGGAGGAAGAAGAAGAAGAAGAAUACCGUUGGUGGGAAGAUCCUAACAAGACUGACGGCACGAUCAAAUGGCACACUCUGGAACACAACGGCGUUAUUUUCCCUCCACCUUACGAACCACUGCCUCAGCACGUGAAAAUGAAAUAUGACGGCAUCCCAGUGACUCUGGAGCCGGAGGCCGAAGAGGUGGCCGGAUUCUUCGGUAGCAUGCUGAACUCAACUCACAACGUGGAGAACCCUACCUUCCAGAAGAACUUCUUUGGUGAUUUCCAAGAGGUCCUCAAGAAAACAGGAGGCGCAAAGGACCCACAGGGAAACCCUGUGGAGAUCAAGGAGUUUUCCAAGUGCGAUUUCAGGCCUAUUUUUGAAUAUUACGAGAUGAAACGCGCCGAGAAGAGAAACAUGCCUGCAGCUGAAAAGAAGGCUCUGAAGGCGCAGAAAGAAGCACAGGAGGCUCCUUACAUGUACUGCCUGUGGGACGGUCGCAAGCAGAAAGUUGGAAAUUUCCGUAUCGAGCCGCCAGGCCUUUUCCGUGGACGUGGUGAGCAUCCAAAGACCGGAAAGGUGAAAACCCGGGUUCAACCAGAACAGGUCACCAUAAACAUCGGGAAAGAAGCCAAAGUACCCGACCCGCCACCGGGUCAUCACUGGAAGGAGGUGAGACAUGAUCAGGAAUGUACCUGGCUUGCCAUGUGGCAAGAAAACAUCAAUGGCAAUUACAAGUAUGUCAUGCUGGCGGCCAACUCCGAUAUCAAGGGCCAGAGCGACUACCGGAAGUUUGAGAAGGCUCGAGAGCUGAAAAAGCAUAUCGAUCGGAUCCGCAAAGACUACCAGAAGAACCUGAAACAUGAGCUCAUGGCAGAUCGUCAAAAAGCCACCGCCGUUUAUCUCAUUGACAAGUUUGCUCUUCGUGCUGGAAAUGAGAAGGGCGAAGACGAAGCGGAUACUGUUGGCUGUUGCUCUCUGAAGUAUGAGAAUGUCACCCUCAAGCCACCGAACAAGGUUAUCUUCGAUUUCUUGGGUAAGGAUAGUAUCCGUUUCUACGACGAGGUUGAGGUCGAUCCCCAAGUUUUCAAGAACCUCAAGAUCUUCAAAAAACCCCCGAAGAAGGAGGGUGAUGAGAUUUUCGAUCGUUUGACAACAUCUGCGCUCAACAAGCAUCUCUCAAGUUACAUGCCAGGCUUGACUGCCAAGGUGUUCCGUACCUACAAUGCUUCCUGGACGUUCGCUAAGCUUCUUAAAGAAAUGAAGCCAGGGGGCUCUGUGGCCGAAAAGGUCAAAGCAUACAAUGACGCGAACCGACAGGUUGCCAUUCUUUGCAACCACAAACGCACGGUUACUGCCAGUCAUGCAGGUCAAAUGGAAAAGCUGGGUGACAGGAUCAAGGGCCUUAAGUACCAGAAAUGGCGAGUAAAGCAGAUGAUGCUUGACUUAGACCCCAGCAUAAAGAAGGAGAAGGGUGCCGACUACUUUAAAAUGGAUGAAGAUCUUGAUGAGGAAUGGAUCAAAAAACACCAGGCUUUCCUCAUUGAAGAACAGCGUCAGAAAAUCACGAAAAAAUUCGAAAAGGAGAACGAAAAGCGGGCGGCCGAGGGACAGGAAGAGUUGAAGCCUGAGGUGCUCGAGGAACGACUAAAGGUGCUGAAGGACAUGGAAAAGAAGUUUGAGAAAGAGAACAAGACAGGAAAGGUGGAAGUUGAGGGCAAAAACCCGACCAUCGAGAAGUUGGAGAACAACAUUCUCAAGCUCGAACAACGCAUUGAGACCAUGACACUCCAAGCCCAGGACAAGGAGGACAACAAGGAGGUUGCUCUGGGCACGUCGAAGAUCAAUUACAUUGACCCUCGACUCACUGUUGUCUUUUCGAAGAGGUUCAACGUUCCCAUCGAGAAGUUCUUCUCGAAGACACUCCGCGAGAAGUUUGAAUGGGCUAUCAAGUCUGUGGACGAGACCUGGGAAUUCUAG